UAACGUCAACAAUGUAACGACAUAAAUUCAAAAAAGUUGAACUCCACGCAUUUUUUAGCGCAAGUUUUAGAAAAAGAAUCUCCAGAUUUGAUAACUUUUUAGUGUUAUAGUUUUUCGUUAUCUGUUGGAAUAAGCUGUGGAAAUUAUCUAGUCCGUCGAGAUGCCCAGCGAAAUCAUCACUUUACAGCUGGGCCAGUGCGGUAACCAGAUUGGGUUCGAGUUCUGGAAGCGGCUUUGUUUGGAGCACGGCAUCUCCCCGUCGGGUGUGUUGCAAGAUUUCGCCACAGAUGGCAUCGAUCGAAAGGACGUGUUUUUCUACCAAGCGGAUGACGAUCAUUACAUUCCCCGGGCGGUGCUGCUGGAUCUGGAACCAAGGGUUAUCCAUACCAUCAUGUCAUCACCGUAUGCUAAGCUAUAUAAUCCGGAGAACGUAUAUUUAUCAAAGGAUGGAGGUGGUGCCGGAAACAAUUGGGCAUCCGGAUUCAGUCAGGGCGAGAAAUUGCACGAAGAAGUGUUUGAUAUCAUCGAUCGGGAGGCCGAUGGAAGUGAUAGUUUGGAAGGAUUUGUGCUGUGCCACUCAAUUGCUGGCGGGACAGGUUCCGGUAUGGGUUCGUAUAUCAUGGAACGCCUGUCGGAUCAUUUCCCAAAAAAGUUGGUACAGACGUACAGUGUUUUCCCCAACCAAGAUGAGAUUAGUGAUGUGGUCGUUCAACCCUACAACAGCCUGUUGACUUUGAAACGACUUACGAGUUGCGCUGAUUGCGUAGUCGUGCUGGACAAUACUGCUCUGAAUAGAAUUGCAACUGAUCGGCUGCACCUGGAGAACCCGAGCUUUACUCAAAUCAAUACUCUGGUGUCAACGAUUAUGUCAGUAAGCACAACAACUCUCCGGUAUCCUUCCUACAUGAACAACAAUUUGAUCGAACUGAUUGCUCCACUGAUUCCUACAUCACAGCUGCACUUCCUCAUGACGGGGUACACUCCUCUUGCCACCGAUACGGACACUGUCAGCGUACAGAAAACCACCGUUCUUGAUGUGAUGCGACGCUUACUUCAGCCAAAGAAUAUGAUGGUCUCCACCGGGCCGGAUAAGACCAAUCACCACCGUUACAUAUCGAUCCUAAACAUCAUUCAGGGGGAGGUGAACCCAACUCAGGUGCACAAAUCGAUUCAACGUAUUCGAGAGCGCAAGCUGGCACAGUUUAUCAACUGGGGACCCGCCAGCAUCCAGGUGGCCCUCUCCCGGAGCAGUCCUUACGUGCAGAGCACCCAUCGGGUGUCCGGCCUGAUGCUUGCCAAUCACACCAGCAUCUGUUCGCUGUUCGAACGGGCACUCAAUCAGUAUGACAAACUCUGCAAACGAGGCGCUUUCCUGGAUCAGUUCAAACGUGAGGACAAAUUCAAAGACGAUCUCAGCGAAUUCGAUGAAAGCCGAGACGUGGUAGAUGCGCUCGUACAAGAGUAUGAAGCUGCCACUCAAGCGAAUUAUCUCAGCUGGCAUGCGAAGAAGGCUACAGGCGAGUAAAUCGCAUCGCUGGCAGUUUUGAGCCUCUUUAAUCGUUGCCCACAGUUGCUUCUGUCUCACAAGGCAAACUACUGAAGCACUCUCUCCUGUUACGCUUAACAAAGAAACAGAAAAGGCGAGCGGUUCUGCCUUUGAUGUUUAAUCCUACUCAUUACUGCUACAAGCAAGCGCACUAAAAUAAAUCUUCCCCUCCCCAAGCAAAGCCGUAUGGGAAUCUCCAGUGAAUCGUCAGACCAUCGUCACUUUUUUUUAUGCAUUACCUUCUUGUUGUAAAAUGUGAAGAUUGAAUGCAACAUUGAUAUUAAUGUGUUAAAAGUGGUGCGCACUUAGUUCUCGAAUAUCGAGAAUAUCCGUAAACAAAUAUGUAACUGUUAAACGAUGCACGUGCAUGUUAUCAAUAAAAUAAUAUUACGCCAUU